UGUACUCAAGAUCCUGGAUCUGUGAUUCUACUGUAUCACUUCCUCGUACUGCAUUAUCACUGGAUACUAUGCUGCCAUAGAUUAACACAUUGUUUUAAGUAUUUCUCUUUAAAGAAAAAAGGCUGUGCUGCACAAAUCCUGGAGCUGUUUUCCUUUGUGAUUGUUGCCAAAUUGAAGCAAUUGUAUUCAACAACUUUCAAGGAUUGAGUAUAACUUUUGUACUUUUAUUAGACUAAAUUCAGCGCAAAAGGAUUUUAUAUACUAGUAGCGAUCAGUGAGAUAUUUAUUACGAUGCAAAACGGCGAGAAAUCACUCUCUCAGUCUCCGCAACGGUCAAGCAAGAUGCCCGGGAAUACUGGUAACCGGUUCAACAGGGGAGCAGGACAGCAUGUGAACGGAGGGAGCUUGUACCGGCGCAACAUGGCAGGGCACCCAUUGCCUAUGUACCACACGGAUGAGUUUUACCGGAAUAAUUUCUUUCGGGACGGCAUUUACCGUGAUUCAUACAGGGACGAUUACCAAGAGUUGCACCGUGAAGACAAGGGAAUGAGCUUCCAGCGUUCUCGUUACAACCAACGUCACCAGAAUGCAGCUGUCAAGCUGUGGAGGGCUGUUGGAGAGAGAGAGAGAGGGUCAGCUGACCUCCCCUGCAUCCACCUGUAUCUCCCUGCCUCACCUACCCUCCUGCAUGCAUAG